AUGGUGGUAAGUUGAGAGAAAAUAUGUAUAGUAGAAAAUUUUUUAAACGCUCCCUAUGAGUUCGUUUCAUUUACAUAAUUCGCUCAAAAAAGUAGAAUACUUAUUUUGAAGUGGCAGAAGUAUUGAAGGAUCAGAAAAGUAACUGGAAAAGACUUUUAGCUUGAGAUUUGUCUAUUCUUAUUCUUGAACCCCGAAAAAGUUUUCAAAAUAUACUUUCCCUAUUGCAUAUGUUAUUCACGUGAAAUUCGAAAUUAUCAGAUAACAAAAUUUUUUUUAAAAAGUAGCGUAAAAGUUGUUCGGUCAAGAACUUCUCGAUAAAUCUCUCUCAAGAGGUUCUUCAAGACACCCUGGUUUCAUUUUACCUUAAAAAUGGUUUCUUUAGCAGAGUUAUGAUUUCACGAAAAUUUAUAAAUCCUCUACUGCCGCCAUAAUAAAUUUGUAUUGACCGAGUUUUGAAGUUUCAGUGGCCCCUAUAGUAAUCGAACUAGCACUACUUAAAUGACUUGUAUUUAGUGGCCUCUUGUGAAGUAUGAGAAGUAAGAGAUCAAAAAAAAAACUACUGCAGUGGCCUUUAAGCCAGAAAAUAGUGGCAUUUAUAGAGAUGGUUUUAGUAGCUACUUUAUACACCAAGUAGUCGUUGAAAGGCCUCUUAAGUGACCACUAGAGUUUUUUCAGUCUGGUUAAAAAUGACGAGUUUCAGAACGCUUCAGUUUACUCACCAAGAUCCCGUCAAAUCAACUCUCAAUCGAUAACUGCUAAUGAAUCAACGCCUCGAAAAGCUGUCGCCGGUGAAGCUGUUAGCAUCUCCCAUCGAGGCUUCACGUUCGUCACUUCCUUUUCCAUUUUUUCUCAACAUCCAAGGUCAAAGAAUCCGUUAAUUAAAAAAUGUCGCUUGCACUUCCUUUCACUUUAUUGAAUGAAAAAGAUACAUUCAAUGUUCAAAAAAUUUCUAUUUUAGUUUUAUUGUCUCUCAACAACAAAAAAACUUGAUAAGAUAAGCCGUUUCGAAAAUAAUGCCCAGUCAUUAUCAUUGCUUGCAAAAAAAUAAUAUUUUUUUGCAGAUGCUUUCCUCUGCCUCUUCUUGCGAUAAGAGGUUCAAUUGUCAGCCUCAGAGCCAAUGAGAACAACUUGACAGAAUUUUCAUUCAAAUUGCCGCCAUUUCGGAGUUUGAAAAAGCUGACUAUCAGGAAGAACCAGGUUUUCUUAUCACUCUUCAUUGUAUUUCCUACAAUCUACAGAGUUCCGCGAAAUUUCAAUGAUUGCAAUAACUCCAUUGAUUUUUUCAGAUAAAAUCUUUUGGAAGACUGAUUGAAAAUUUAUCAGUUUCUUGUCCGAAUCUUGAAGAUUUGUCCUUGGAGGGCAAUGAAUGCUGGCCAAGAGAUGAAUCUACGCAAGGGUUGUACAGGUUUGAACCUUUUGAUCUUUCAUAUCUGAGAAAUUUGGCUUCUAUCUUUUUUUCAAAAAAAUGUGUUUGAGGUUUUAAAAAAAUUUCAAAAGAAAAAAAUUGAAAAAUGCUCAAGCCACAGCUAAAGUUCAUGUGGUCAAAGUUAAACUUCAAAACGAUUAAAUUGCUUUAUAUUAAAGUUUAACUCCGCUUUUGAACCCGAAAGACCAAAUUUUAAUAUUCUCGAAUUCUUUGAGCUGGAAAAUCUUUUCGAAGUGACUGGAGCGUAAAGUUUUCUUCAUCUUCGAACAGAUGAAAGACUUCCAAAGUUCGGAGAUACUCGAGCUGAAAUUCAAUUUUGCGAAAGCCAAAAAUUAAAAUCAUCAUGCUGUUAGAAAAUUAUGAUUUUUAAUCUUUUUUUUUUGACCCAAAAUCCUUUCCAAACUUUUGAACUGACCGAAAGUUUCCCUCUAUUUCCUCGACUCUUCGCUUCCGUUCAAAAUUUGAUUUGAGAGGUUUUUUUCGUUCAGGGAAGCUGCCGCGUUGAUGCUGAAGCGUCUGAGAUAUCUGAACGGGGUCCCGACCCACAGAGCCUGCCGGCCUUCCCCCAAAUUCAACAAAUGA